AAGAAAUUGAGCAACUUCUCUAUAUGGAUGGGCAGAUGGCGGUUAGUCGGAUACCAUAUUAAUGCUCAAAUAAAAGAGAUGAUUAAAAUUGUAGAUCCCUAAUGAUGUCUUCUAUAAAAACUGCACUUCGUGGGCAAGAGUGAGCUGGAGCAGUGGAAUGGAUACCUGGGAAUCAUGGCACUUUCUCCUUAUCUUCAGCAUAUAAUGAGAAAUUAUGGUGAAACAACCUAUCAUAUUUUCUUUGGUUGCUCUUAUACAAGGAAGAUUUGGCAGUACUUUCUGGAUAUCUUUAAUAUUUCUUUUCCAAGAGACCAAUCCUCCCCCAGACAGGUUCUAAUUUACUGGUGGCUAGAAGCAGGUUCGAAAACCUUAGGGGAUAUUUUUAAACAUAACUUGCCAGGGAUGAUUUGUUGGCAUAUAUGGAAAAAUUACUCCUCUUACAAAUGGGGCAAGACUUCUAUUUCUUCUUCAGAAGAUGUUAUUUGGUCGAUUAAGCAUUACACUCAAAAUUGGGCAUUCAAGUUCACUAAGUUAAAGCAGAGGCGUGUUGAAGACUUCCUUAUUGAUGAACAUCUGAUUCCAGCAAAUUUCAAAUUCAAAAAGGCAGGAUGUAAGAUUAUCAAAUGGAAAAGGCCUACUACAAACUAUAAAUUGAAUGUCGACGCUUCGUUCGUACAUAAUUUGGCAUUUGGAGGUGCUAUACUUCGAAAUCGAACGGGCGAGCUUGUUUGGGCCAUCUGCUUCAACAUUCUGGCUGAUUCAAGUGAGGAGGCAGAGCUCAAGGCGUUGGUAUAUGCCUCUGAAGUAGCGAUGGAGAAAGGUUAUACUGAGUUUCAGGUUGAAACUGACGCGGCUUGUUCCAUAUCUGUGCUCGAAGCUGGUUUAGGAAGGUAUACUUGGCUGAAUCUUUUUGUUAGAAGAGCGAAAGAGAUGGGGCUGACUUUUUGUCAUGUGUAUCGAGAGGGGAACGAACCAGCCCAUCUUCUAGCAGGCCGUCAGAUAUUUCCAGCCGAAAUGAUUACUUUUGAUCAGGCGGAUCACUUGCCCAGAGAUGUCCGAACUAGUUAUUUCGCUGAUUUAUUUGGUAUUCCUCGUAUCCGUGUUUAAUUUUUAAUGACUCAGUUUCUCACUUAUUUUCUUUCACAUACUUUGGGAAGGAAUGCCUUCUUCGGAGAGGUAUUGGCCUAGCCCCCCUCUCUUUUGUAUCCAUAUCUGUUAAAUAAAUCAUGGUAAAUGACCCCCGGCAUUUACCCCACUGAUUUUGG